GUGAUUUGAACUUCAGCUUCGAUGACCUCAACCCAUGCUGUGAAGUGGCGAUGGAAGACAGUUUCCAAGACUUCAUCGACUCUGCACUUGAACAGUCUUAUUCUACCUUUCUUCACGAACUGUCUCCUGACAACGAGACAUCGUCGUCGAGCUGUACAGAUACCGUGAUUUUCAGCAAAGACCAGUUUCUGGCAGCACUGGAACUCCGACCAGUGCAAAACAACAGUAACAGUUCUAACAUGUUGUCACCGUCAUCAACGCCCGUAGACGUUGGAUGUUGCUCUGACAGCGCUACCCGGUCCUCAAGUGUGUCAGUAGCAGAGACUGCUGACUCUUCAACUCCCAAAGUUUAUACUCAAGAUUCGAGCUCUAAUGAUCAAGUACCAACGAGACAAUGUUCCUGUAUGGGGUUUGUAAGUGAAUCCAAGGCUGUGUACUCAGUAGCUCACUCGACAAACCAAGAAAGCCUUAUGACGUGUUCUAGUACUUCAGCGUUGAGCAAGGGGGACGACUGCACUGAAUGCUCCCAGUCGGGACUUACCUCUGAAGUGCGCAUGUCACCGUUGUUCGUAGACCCCUUUUCCGGUUCAAUUUGUUGUUCUUCCCAAUUGUAUCAACAAGAUGGUAUGUACAUUGUAAUGGAAGAAGAUUCGUUGCAAAAAACCGACAGAGACACAGCCGGUAUCAUGACAUGGCUUAAUGACAGCCAGCAGGUAUUUCGACAACAAUACGGCCACACUAACGGCAUAAGUCCGGAACACAGUCAAGACGUUAUUGCUGGUACGGAGCUGUCAAAUCAAAACACGACAAUCACCUCAUCGAUGGAUUUAGAGACGUUUGCAGAUCUGGAAGAUGUUGAGGUAGAAGCCACAGAUAAAGAACCACAUACUCAUACGUGCCAGAAACCUGAGAAUCCCUCAAACUGUUUCAGUAAUUCCCCGUGUAUUUCUCGGUUAAAACUGUCAGCAUUUACAGAACGCGUGGAAUCCAUUGGAAAAUUAACACAAAGCUUUUGUUCUUAUACAUACCCCGAAAGUUCAGAAUUACUAAGUCCCAGUUCUUCAUAUGUCGCACACAAUGACUUCUCCCCAGCGUUGUCUAUCCCAGAUUCUAACCAAUCGCCGUUCUCUCCUCAACAUUUGAGGAGCAUGGAUUUAUCAUUUUCCUCAAAUUACGACGAUGCAAUAUUUGACACUUCAGUGAAAAGCCCAUUAGCCUUGUUGAACCUGUUUUCAGAUGAGAAUGCAGCCUCCCUUCUCCAUGCAGAUUCUACAGUUCCAAGUUUCAGGUUCAUGUGA